CUCUAGCAGCCGCAUUGGAUCCCACAGCUUAUUGCGAGACUCCGGUGUACAAUCCGGAUCUCUGCCCCAACAUGAUCGCGGCCCAGGCCAAGCUGGUCUACCACCUGAAUAAAUACUACAACGAAAAAUGCCAAGCCAGGAAAGCUGCCAUUGCCAAAACUAUCCGGGAAGUCUGCAAAGUAGUUUCCGACGUCCUGAAGGAGGUGGAAGUGCAGGAGCCCCGGUUCAUCAGCUCUCUCAACGAGAUGGACAAUCGCUACGAGGGCCUCGAGGUCAUCUCCCCCACCGAAUUUGAAGUGGUGCUUUACCUUAACCAAAUGGGGGUGUUCAACUUUGUGGACGACGGCUCGCUGCCCGGCUGCGCGGUGUUGAAGUUGAGCGACGGGCGCAAGAGGAGCAUGUCCCUCUGGGUGGAAUUCAUUACCGCCUCCGGCUACCUCUCGGCGCGCAAAAUCCGGUCCCGGUUUCAGACGCUGGUGGCUCAAGCGGUAGACAAAUGUAGCUACAGGGAUGUGGUAAAGAUGGUGGCAGACACCAGCGAAGUGAAACUGAGAAUCCGAGAUAGGUACGUGGUGCAGAUCACCCCGGCUUUUAAAUGCACUGGGAUCUGGCCCAGGAGUGCUGCCCACUGGCCACUUCCCCACAUCCCCUGGCCGGGACCCAACCGGGUGGCGGAGGUCAAGGCGGAAGGGUUCAAUCUCCUGUCCAAGGAGUGCCACUCCCUGGCCGGCAAGCAGAGCUCGGCCGAGAGCGACGCCUGGGUGCUGCAGUUCGCGGAGGCAGAGAACAGACUGCAGAUGGGGGGCUGCAGGAAGAAAUGCCUCUCCAUCCUCAAAACCUUACGGGACCGUCACCUUGAACUGCCAGGCCAGCCCCUGAACAAUUACCACAUGAAGACUCUGGUUUCCUAUGAGUGUGAAAAGCAUCCCCGGGAGUCGGACUGGGACGAGUCUUGCCUGGGUGACCGGCUUAACGGGAUUUUGCUGCAACUUAUCUCCUGCCUGCAGUGCCGGCGGUGUCCUCACUACUUCCUACCGAACUUAGAUCUGUUUCAAGGCAAACCUCACUCGGCUCUCGAGAACGCUGCCAAACAAACGUGGCGACUGGCAAGAGAGAUCCUGACCAACCCGAAAAGUUUGGAAAAACUUUAGAGGACAAUUUAAUCGAGAGCCGAAAUGUGAUUAUACUAUUCUUAAAGUUCUCGUUAAGUGUAAACUUCCUGUUCGAUUCCUAUCUAAUAUUCCACUGGACAGUGCAAACAAUCUCUUCCUUAAAAAGGAGUACUAACACAACGUUUAGGCAUCAUCUCACCCACCCCUCCAAGGGGAGGAAAAGAAGUAGGGAAAGCAGAUGGAGAACACCUCAAACUCACAAGUAUUAGAAGACUUCUUUACAAAGGAUUUCAUAUCUCCCUUGAAAAGUACACAGUAACACCCGGAGAACAGCCUGGCUGUAAUGCAAGACCACAGUGAACACUGCUUAACCAUCAAAGGAUUACAGCAAUCCUGGCGAUUU